AUGGCUGGAGACUUUGGUCUAUUUAAAGGCUUCUCGAGGAGUUAUACAAAGGAGUUACGUGCAACCAUCCAUGAUGAGAAGGCGGCUGGUGACCUCUUUUUUUAUCGUCGCGUAAAAUCUGACGACAUUGAAGGGUGUUUCAAAAUGUCAACUACCUGUACACCCUUCUUGUACUAUGUAAGCCUUCACAUUCACAUGCGCCAACUCAAAACACAUAAAACAAAUCUACAGAAAGUAUUAAUCCAUGAUAGGUACGACGCCUUAAUCCAUGAGGCUGAGUACUGGACAUCCUUUGACGCCUUCCCGGCUAGAAACGUUUCUAGAACUGGCUGCCCUGCAACGCUUUCAGGAUCCGGACAGUUUCGAUACAGUCCAAAUAAAUGUACAGUGUUCGGUAGUUUCAAGGAAAAUUUCAUCAACCGCCUACACAUAUCUACCGAUAGAGACUCAUAUCCCAGCCAUCUAGGAUUAGGGAUUCACGUUGUAUCAGUCCCUUCAUCGCCUGCACCACCUAGCAUACUAAACUGCAAACCCAGCCUCAAAAAACAGGUUAGAGCGCCAUUAACUCCUGUAUCCCAUCGCUGCCCUACCCACCCAUGA